CCGGGGCGGGGCGGCGGCCCGGCGGGGCUCGCUGGGCCCUUAAGGUGCCCUGGGCCGCUGAGGUGACCGCCUUCACAGCGCGCCGGCUCGGUAGGCGGCUGCGGCCCGUAGGCGUGCAGGGCCGGGAUGUCGGGGCUGCCUACCGACCUGCAGCAGGGGCGCCCGGAGCAGAGCGCACGGGACCCGAGGCGCGCUGGCUUCGUGCUGGGGGUGGACGUGGGCAGCUCUGUGAUCCGCUGCCACGUCUAUGACCUGAAAGCGCAGAUCCGUGGCUCCUGCACGCAGAAGGUAGAAAAUAUUUACCCUCAAGCUGGCUGGGUUGAAAUUGAUCCUGAUGUUCUUUGGCUUCAGUUUGUUACUGUAAUAAAAGAAGCUGUCAAAGGGGCAGGAAUACAGAUGAAUCAAAUUGUUGGUCUUGGCAUUUCAACACAGAGAGCUACUUUUAUUACGUGGAACAAGAAAACAGGAAAUCAUUUUCACAACUUUAUUAGUUGGCAAGACCUACGAGCUGCUGAACUUGUAAAAUCUUGGAAUAGUUCUCUUCUAAUGAAGCUAUUACAUAGUUCCUGCCGAGUGCUUUACUUUCUCACUAGAAGUAAACGACUUUUUGCAGCCAGUUUGUUCCAUUUCACAACCCAGCAUACUUCUAUGCGAUUAGCCUGGAUUUUACAGAAUCUGAUUGAGGUGCAAAAGGCAGUUGAAGAAGAAAAUUGUUGCUUUGGGACUGUUGAUACCUGGUUGUUACAUAAACUCACAAAAGGUUCUGCAUAUGCCACAGAUUUUUCAAAUGCUAGUACAACUGGACUUUUUGACCCAUAUGAGAUGUGUUGGAGUGGGCUCCUUACCUCCGUACUUUCCAUACCACUCUCUAUCCUGCCUCCUCUGAAGGACACGAGCCACUAUUUUGGAUCAGUGGAUGAAGAGAUAUUUGGUGUGCCUAUACCAAUAGUUGCCUUGGUCGCCGACCAGCAGUCAGCCAUGUUUGGAGAAUGCUGCUUCCAGACAGGUGAUGUGAAAUUAACCAUGGGAACUGGAACUUUUUUAGAUAUUAAUACUGGAAAUAACCUUCAACAUAUUGAUGGAGGCUUUUAUCCAUUAAUUGGGUGGAAGAUUGGGCAAGAAGUUGUAUGCUUAGCUGAAGGCAAUGCAGGAGACGCUGGUACUGCCAUAAAGUGGGCUCAAGAAUUAGAUCUUUUCACAGAUGCUGCUGAGACUGAGAAAAUGGCCAAAAGUUUGGAAGAUUCUGAAGGAGUUUAUUUUGUUCCAUCUUUUAGUGGAUUGCAGGCUCCAUUGAAUGACCCCUGUGCAUGUGCCUCAUUCAUGGGUUUGAAGGCUUCUACCAGUAAAUACCAUCUCGUACGAGCCAUAUUGGAGUCAAUAGCUUUCAGAAACAAACAAUUAUACGAGAUGAUGCAGAAAGAGAUCCAUAUUCCUAUAACAAGAAUUAGGGCAGAUGGAGGAGUUUGUAAGAAUGAUUUUGUCAUGCAGAUGACUUCAGACUUGAUUAAUCAGAACAUAGACAGACCUGUCCACAUUGACAUGUCAUGCUUUGGUGCAGCUUCUUUAGCUGGUCUUGCUGUUGGGUUUUGGACCGACAAGGAGGAACUAAAGAAAUUAAGGCAAAGCGAAAUAGUUUUCAAGCCACAGAAGAAAUGUCAAGAAUAUGAAAUGAAUAUGGAAAACUGGGUCAAAGCCGUGAAACGAUCCAUGAAUUGAUUUUAUAUAUUUGACUGCAGAUGACAAAAAGAUUGAAUCUUAAAAGUGCCAAACACUCUGGGUGCUGUAAGGUAGGAACUUCAUAAAUAGUCCCUUCUGGACUUAUACUGGGGACCAGUUGUUACUUUAAAAUAGUCCAUCAAAUCAUAACUUGGUAAGAGAAAAAAAUAAUAACAAAAAAUAAAAUAAUCCAGCCCAGGAGUCUGGCAAGAAUUUUGUAAUUUUUUGAGGGGAGAUGUAGCGCUACCCUGGAGUUCUUUGACUUUCAGUGGUUCUAGAGUCAUCCCAGAGAUAGCCUAGAAGGCUUGAAUCCAUCCUAAAGGAUUCUGAAUCCCUUUGGGAAAUUUAGAUCAUGUUUUUUCAAUAAAAGUUAUAAGCCCCAAGCACGCUUUAGACAUUUAUGACCUACCUGGUCCCAGAAUCAUCUCACAUACCCAAAGCCUGGUCAUCUGGUUAAAACCAGUCAAAAUGGGUAACCUCAAAAAGGUAAAUAGGUGAUUCAAAAUCAUGUUGGUUUUUUAAAUUUUGGAGCCUCAUAGCCAUAAAUAUUUUGUCACCAGCAUCUAUUCUAAAUCACUCCCUGUAUCGUCACCAUAUUCUCAUGGGACCUUUGUUCUAAAGGAACAAGGAAUGAUCUUGGGAGUAGGAAGGACAGAGAUAGGAACCUGCAAAAUCAGAUAUUUCUGAACUUUCUCUGUUACUCUAUAUCUAUAGUCUUUCUCCCCUUUAUUGUAAAUUGGGUCUGUUAUAAAAUGGCUAUGUCUAGACAUAUAUCUGUAUUGCUUAGGGAAAAAAGAUACCAAUUUAUCUUUGUAAGAAACUGCCAAGCUGUUUUCCAGAGUAGCUAUACCAUUUUACAUUCCCACCAGCAAAGUCUGAGUGAUCCUGUUUGUCUACAUGCUCACCAGCAUUUGGUGUUGUCACUGUUUUUUAUCUUAGCCAUUCUGAUGGACGUGUAGUGAUAUUUUACUGUGGUUUUAAUUUAUAUUUCCCUAGUUAAUAACGAUGUUGAACAUUUUUAUGGGCUUCUUUUUUUUGCCAUCUGUUUAUCCUCUUCAGUGAAAUUUCUGUUCGUAUCUUUUGCCCAUUUACUAAUUGGUUGUUGGCUAAUGAGGCAUAUGAUUAAAUAUCAUUUUAAAAGUUUUUUUUUAAAAAAAUGAGUCCAAUGACUUAAGAAGUCAUUAAGUAGGAUUUUUCAAAUCCUUCUAAGCAAAGUGUUUAUAGCAUUUUGAACAUGAUUUUUCAAUGUACUGAGCACAAAAGUUCUUAUAUUCCUUCCGUGCUCAUUACAGAGUAUGGUACUAAUACUGUGUAAUAGCAAAAAAGUUUCAAAGAUACCUUUACUUAGAAUGUUAAGUAGAGUGUACAGAUAUAUACUUUGUACAUAGCUAUCAUAAUGUUUCUAACCUUUUUUAUUUACAAUAAGCUGAUUUGUUUAAAGUUUCUAGGAUGAUUUUUUUGGUGGAAAAUUAAUUAGAAAUUUUUCUGUUUGUGCAAGAUGGCAAAUAUAGAUUCCAAUUCACAUGCAUCAGUAAAUUCAUAAUCUUACUUCUCUGAUGUCCUUUAUGAAUUCCACAGUUUUAUUAAAUAGUCAUUGAGGACCUCAUAAACCAUUGUUAAGAUCAAUGGAUAAAAUCAAGGAUGCACAGCAAUAGAAAUAUUUUUCAUAUGUAUGUGAAUUUUUCCCUUACCUUUUUAUCUACAUUAAGUUUUAGAUUUGUUUUUCAAUUUUACCUGGACAUUCUUAUUUAAUACUAUUUCCUUGUUUUGUUUUCUGCACAUUAAGAAAGUCACAAGAAACCAGGUACUGUGGCACCCACCUGUAGUCCCAGCUACUGGGGACACCAAGGCAGGAAGAUCGCUUGAGACUAAGAGUUCGAGGCCAGCCUGGGCAACAUAGUGAGACCCCGUCUCAAAAAAAAUCACAGAGAAACAGCAUAUGUUAACUACAAUUAUGACUUGAGAUAAACUUGGGCUUAUAUGGUUAGAGAAGAAGGGUUUUAUGUAACUUUCCCUCUCUUUAUUCUAUAUUCUACAUUCCUGCACAAUGGAAAUUACUAGAGAAGAUGGUUAAUUCUUUGUGGUGGGGAAAAUAUCAUUUGUUAUAAAAAUAUACUGUGUUUUUAAAUAUUUAGAAAGAUUAUAAAUAACUAGAGGAAAGGUAAUUUCAUGUACUAAUAUGAUGGAAUUAGCCUAGCAGCUGUUAAAUAUCCCUUUUGAAAGUUAUAAUCUAAUCUAAAAUUAUUUGGGAAACUACAAUGAAAUAGUGAAUGAUUGUUCUGUACUUGUUGGUGUAUUAAAUUCAUUUUUUAUUCA